AUGUCUUAAUAACUAUUUAAGGUGUAUUUGCAAUCUAUUUCACAUACUUUUAAGGAUUUACCAAAGGGAAACUUUUAUUGGAGAUUUCAUAAAAGAGAUAUCAACAGAAUUAUUACUACACCUUGUCCAGUAGAUUCACCUACAAAAGAAGCAGAAAUAUAAUUGUUUAAAGAAUUAAGAGCAUAAAUAGGAGUUAGAGAAGACUUUGUUUGUCCUUAAUGUCCACAUCAUGCAAAAUGUUAAAAGGCAUUUUAAUAAACAGAUGGAGGUAAUAUGUAAACAUUACUAUUACCACAUCUAUCUAAAUUUUUAGAAACCAUUAGUACUCAUGAAAUGAACUUGUAAAUUAUUAUAAUUUUAUCAUUAUAGAUAAAAUGAUUAAAAAAGCUUUUGGUUGUCUAGUACAAGAGUUUUAGAUACAUUUCAUUCCAUUUUAAUUGAUUUUUAACUUAACCAAAAUAAACUUAAUGAAUAAUUUUUGAGUGAUAUUGUUUAAGUUUCUGAAAAUGAAUCUAUUCAUUAAUAAGAUACAAAUAAAAAAACAGAUAAAUAUACAAAAAAAGCUGAUUUUUUAGAAGAUCAAAAUACUUAACCAAAAAAGGAAGAUAGAAGAUAAGAAAAUAUAGAUAGUUAUAAUGAUAAUAAAAAUUAUGGUAAAAGAUAAAAUUAUUAUGAAAAUUCUGAUAAUAAAUAUGAUAGAGGAAAUAAAUAUAAUAAUAAAUUUGAUAGAUCAGAAUAAUUCAAUAGAAAAGAUAGAUUUGAUAAAUAUGAUAAUUAAUAGAAAUAUGAUCGCUAAUUUGAUUCAAAUAAAUAUAAUAAUGAUUAAGGUAGAUAUGAUAAAUAUGCACAAAAAUAUGAUAAAUAUGAUAAUAAAGAGAGAUAUAAUAGAAAAGAUAGGCCUUAAAAAUAUGAUAGAGAAGCAAAUGGAGAUUAAUAUAGAGAAAAUAGAAGUUUUGAUAAAUAUGAAGAUCGAAAUCCAAAGUAUGAAAGAAGGGAUAAAUUUGAUAAAUUUGAUAGAAGUGAAAAAGGAUUUAAAGGAGAUAGAUUUGAAAGAAGAAAUACUGAUUAUAGUGAAGAAAGUAAUGAAGCACCAAGAAAUUAUAAAGGUAGAAAAGAUGAUUUUUCAAAUAAUUAAGAAAAAUAGUAUUAUGAAAAUGAUAAAUAUUAAAAAAACUAUAAAUAAACAAAAGUUAAAGAUGAAGAUGAUUUCAAUACAUUUGUUAAAUAAAGAGAACAAUAUUUGAAAGAAAAAGAAGAUAAUUUUGAUGGGGAAAGAAAAUCAAAUUAGAAUAAAAAAGAUGUAAGGAGUGUUUAAUAAAAUGAUUAUUCAAAUCAAAAUGAUAUUAAUGAAGAUGAAUAACCAUUAGGAAGAAAGGUUAAGAGAAGUACGAAAUUUAAAAUGUAAUGA